GUUUCUUAAGCUUCUAGCAUCAGCCCUCCAGAGUCACACCAGGAGCAAGACAGUGGGACCAGUUCGCUGUUAUCCGGAAAUCCCCUUCACUGGGUCUGGCCUGAGUUGGGAGCCAUGGAAUUAGCUGGAAUAAGCAUGCUGAGCUCAUCCCUGGCCUCCAAGAUAAUGGCAGCAGCGACCAUGGCUCAAGCUGGUGGGGCAGCCUCUAGGGCAAUGCUAGCUGGCCUUUCAUCACAGGGACUCACCCUGUUAUCCCAGACUGCCCUGGGCCCUGCAGCAGCUACCCUUGGACCCUUGCUGGGGAAACUGAAUGUUGGCGCCUUACUGCCAAGGUGCUCUGCUUCUGCCCUGGCUGCUUUGCCAGUUGGAGCCAAGGCUGCUACAGUUGCAUUGGGAGGAGCCAUGGCAGUGGGGGCUGUGCCUGUGGUGCUGGGUGCCAUGGGCUUCACUGGGGCAGGAAUCGCUGCCUCGUCCAUAGCAGCCAAGAUGAUGUCGGCAGCGGCUAUUGCCAAUGGUGGUGGAGUUGCAGCGGGCAGCCUGGUGGCCACUCUUCAGUCAGUGGGUGAGUGUUGGGAUGGGAGGACCAGAGUCAGGCAAAGGCCCAACCCUGAUCUUAGCCCCGGGCCCCUCAGUCUUUCUUCCUGUCUCACCCUCUACCUUCUCGUUCCUGGUUUCUUUGGGAGAGGUAGAGGAGGGAGCCCUACCUGAGGCCUGCUGGGUUCAGGCCAGCUUACUUGGGGCAUUUUCCCCAUCUUGGAGGUCAGCCUGCUUCCCAACAGAGCAAGGCUGCUUCCAGCUGGCUUCUUCACUGGAGUUCUUGCUCUGGGGGCCUUGGCUCUGACCCUCUGUCCUCUUGAGGUGCUCAGGCCUGUUCCAUUUGUUCACUCUGUGCUUUUUCUGUAGGAGCCACUGGACUCUCUUUGUCAUCCAAAGCCCUUGUGGGCAGCAUAGGGUCUGCCCUUGUGGCCCGUGUGGUGGGCCUCUAAGAGCUGCAUUACCAUGUCCUGCAAAGAAGAGGACUGCCACACACCUGGCCUUACCCAUGGAGGGACCGGUCUUGGUGGAAUAAUCCACCAAAUGCUUCCCCACCAAGGGGAAAAUAAAAUAAAAAUGAUU